CCACCGCUGUCUCUCUCUCAUACUUCCCCUCGCUCACCGAGAGCCGGCCGCAGUCUCGGACCGUGCGUCUCCUCGCCGUCUCUUCUCCGUCUCCUCUCAAAGGACCAGGUCGCCGUUUGUUUUUGUUUUAUCCACCCUGCCCCCGCCCCCCAUUUCCUUUUUUUUUUUCUUCUUCCCUGAAACAAAAAAAAAAAAACUAAAAAAACCUUGCAUAUGCCCUGGGAGAGCGAGAGCGAGAGGGAGAGGGAGGUCGGAAGAGGCUUAACGAUGACGGGCGCUCCAGGGAAAGCCGGGAGAGGCUGUGUGCGCGCCCCUGCCUUCGGAACGCCGAGCGCCUGAUGAGACUCCGCCGUGAUUCCCGUCUGACGCAGGUCGUGCCGGAUUUUCCGCCGGGUUUUCCGACCGCUCCCCGCCGGCCGCGGCCCGGGAACGGCGCCGGGAGACGGGAAUACCGAUCGGAUCUCCAUGUGAUCUUCUGCCCGGAAUCUUCCAACCGGUUCUGAUCCAAAGGGCUCCCUUUCUUCUGCCGCUUGCCUGCCCCUCAUCCCUGACGGUGGAGUUCGGGGAGGGAGUUUAACUGGCCUCUUGGUACUUUUCGUAUUGUUGUUGCACCUCACGGUACAAUUUCCGCCUGUUACUCUGUUGCAAGACCGUGGAACUAACUUGAGAUUAGCCUGCCUCUGUUUAGUUUAUUCCUCCCCAUACCCCCCUCAAUUAUCCUUUUAUCAUCAGCGGUAAACAAGUACAAGCCGGUGGUCUGGAGUUUUUAUUGACUUUCCGAAGGGAGUGCGGUGCUGUUUUGUAAAAUUUCUGGGAGUUUCGUUUUUGGUUUUUUGCACUUUGCGCUGCGGCUGACGGUGUGAUCGACGGGCGUGCGGUUCCUCUGCUGGCGCCCGGGUGGGGGUCCCCACACGUGGACUGGCAUGCUUUUGAGGCCCACGGUGCCGGGGCUUUGUGCGAUGUUGCAGACCAUUUACGAGACGGAGUCCUGCUUCUCCUCGGACGCCGGGUCCGCCCGGGAACAGCUGGAGCUGCUGCCCGGGGCCCGGGCCUCUGCUAGUCCCGACACCGUGGAGGUGAAGGCGGUGGGGAUGCAGAGCCCGGGGGGCAGUGGGGGGGAGCAGGGCGGAGGCGGAGGGGGUGGGGGUGGAGGCGGGGGCGGUGGGGCCCCGGUGGACCUGCGGACGGACCCCCGCCUGGUGGACCCCUCCCUCCGCGAGCAGCAGCUGCAGCAGGAGCUGCUGCUCCUCAAACAGCAGCAGGAGCUGCAGAAGCAGCUGCUCUUCGCCGAGUUCCAGAAGCAGCACGAGGUGCUGACCCGGCAGCACGAGGUCCAGCUGCAGGAGCACCUCAAGCAGCAGCAGGAGAUCCUGGUGGCCCGACGGCAGCAGGAGCAGGAGCAGAAGAGGAAGAUGGAGCAGCAGCGGCACGAGGAGCUGGAGAAGCAGCGUCUGGAGCAGCAGCUCCUCAUGCUGCGGAACAAGGAGAAGGGCAAAGAGAGUGCGAUCGCCAGCACAGAGGUGAAGCUGAAGCUCCAGGAGUUUCUCCGCAGCAAGAAGGAGCCAGGCUCUGGAGGACUGAACCACACCUUCCCCCAGGCCUGCUGGGGCACUCUCCACACCUCCCUGGACCAGAGUUCCCCCCCUCAGACCAACGCCCCCGGGACGCCCCCCUCCUACAAACUGCCCCCCCUGCUGGGCUGCUACGACAGCAAGGACGACUUCCCCCUCCGCAAGACCGCCUCGGAGCCCAACCUGAAGGUGCGCUCGCGGUUAAAGCAGAAGGUGGCGGAGAGGCGGAGCAGCCCACUGCUCCGGCGGAAGGACGGCACGGUCAUCAGCACCUUCAAGAAGAGAGCCAUCGAGAUCUCAGUCUCCUCCAUGUGCAGCAGUGCCCCCGGCUCUGGACCCAGCUCCCCAAACAGCUCCAGCACCGCCAUCGCCGAGAACGGAUCCAGCGGCUCGGUCCCCAACAUCCCCGCGGAGCAACUGCGCUUGCACCACCAGGCGAUGACCGCGGACGGGACGGCCAAUCAGAUGAGCCUCUACACCUCCCCCUCGCUCCCCAACAUCAGCCUGGGCCUGCCCGCCAACGCACACGUCUCUGCUCCUCAGAAGCUGUCUGCGCAGCAGGAGGCGGAGCUCCAGGCCAUCCAGACGAUGCGGCAGGGCGGGGCCCUGACGGGGAAGUUCGUGAGCACCUCCUCCCUGCCCGCCUGCCUCCCCCCGGGCCUGGGCCUGGACGCCGAGGCCCCGCCCACCGCCAACAGCCACAGCCCCUCCUCCCUGCUGCAGCACGUCCUGCUCCUGGAGCAGGCCCGGCAACAGAGCGCGCUGCUCGCAGUGCCCAUAUACGGGCAGUCGCCCCUGGUGACGGGCGAGCGGGGCUCCUCCUCCAUGCGGGCGGUGAAUAAGCUGCCCCGGCACCGCCCCCUCAGCCGCACGCAGUCCGCCCCCCUGCCCCAGACGCCCCAGGCCCUGCAGCACCUCGUCAUGCAGCAGCAGCACCAGCACUUCCUGGAGAAGCAGAAGCACUACCAGCAGCACAUGCAGCUCAACAAGAUGCUGUCGAUGGGGAGCGAGCUGCCCCGCCCGCCCCCCACCCACCCGGAGGAGACGGAGGAGGAGCUGACGGAGACGGCCGAGAUGCAGGAGGAGCGGGGGGAGGCGCCGGAGCGCAAGGGGGAGGGGCUUCUCAUCGAGCGCCUGCAGGAGGGCUUCCGGGAGGCCGCGCCCCCCCCGGAGCGGCCCGUCCCGCCCAAGGGCGGCAGCACCGAGAGCGAGGUGGAGGAGGAGGAGGAGGAGGACGAGGCCAUCGAGCUGAGGGAGUGCGAUGAAGACGCCGGGCUCUACGGGCAGUUCUCCGACCAGCCUCACCUGCAGCAGCUCAACGUGUUCCAGGCCUCCCUGUCCAUCACCGGCAUGCCCCACAGACCCCUGGGAAGGGCUCAGUCCUCCCCCGCCACGGCCAGCCUCAAGGGCGCCCCCGCUGUCGAACUACCCGUCAAGCACCUCUUCACAACAGGGCUGGUGUACGACACCUUCAUGCUGAAGCACCAGUGCAUGUGUGGAAACACACACAUCCACCCCGAGCACGCCGGCCGCAUCCAGAGUGUGUGGUCCCGCCUGCAGGAGACCGGGCUGCUGGGCCGCUGCGAGAGGAUUCGGGGCAGGAAGGCGACACUAGAUGAGAUCCAGACGGUCCACUCAGAACAUCACACCCUCCUGUACGGAACCAGCCCCCUCAACCGGCAGAAACUCGACAGCAAGAAGCUCUUAGGUCCAAUCAGCCAGAAGAUGUACGCGCUGCUCCCCUGUGGUGGGAUCGGGGUGGACAGCGACACGGUGUGGAACGAGAUGCACUCCUCCGGUGCCGUGCGAAUGGCGGUGGGCUGCGUCAUCGAGCUGGCCUUCAAGGUCGCGGCCGGGGAGCUCAAGAACGGUUUCGCAGUUGUGCGACCUCCGGGCCAUCAUGCAGAGGAGUCCACUGCCAUGGGCUUCUGCUUCUUCAACUCAGUGGCGAUCACAGCCAAGCUGCUCCAGCAGAAGCUGAACGUGGGGAAGAUCCUGAUCGUUGAUUGGGACAUUCACCACGGCAACGGCUCCCAGCAGGCCUUCUACAACGACCCCAACGUGCUCUACAUCUCCCUGCAUCGCUAUGACGACGGAAACUUCUUCCCUGGCAGCGGGGCCCCGGAAGAGGUGGGCGCGGGCCCAGGCGUGGGUUUCAACGUGAACAUCGCCUGGACAGGGGGCGUGGAGCCUCCCAUGGGGGACGUGGAGUACCUGACCGCCUUCAGGACGGUGGUGAUGCCCAUCGCAAACGAGUUCUCCCCGGACGUGGUGCUGGUGUCGGCCGGGUUCGACGCUGUGGAGGGCCACCAGUCCCCUCUGGGCGGAUAUUCUGUCACGGCCAAGUGUUUCGGUCACCUGACCCAGCAGCUGAUGACGUUAGCGGGCGGUCGCGUGGUCCUGGCGCUGGAGGGAGGUCACGACCUUACCGCCAUCUGCGACGCCUCGGAGUCCUGUGUUUCCGCCCUCCUGGGAGAAGAGCUGGACCCCCUCCCUGAGGCCGUGCUGAAGCAGAGGCCCUGCCCCAAAGCCGUGGCAUCCCUGGAGAGGGUCAUCGAGAUCCAGAGUGCGCACUGGAGCUGCGUGGAGCAGCUGACCCGCACGGUGGGCCAGUCGCUAACGGAGGCGCGGCACCGGGACAAGGAGGAGGCUGACACCGUGACCGCCAUGGCCUCCCUGACCGUGGACAACGAGCAGGGCGUCGCCAUGGAGCCCGUCGUCGCCAUGGCGUCCGUCGCCGCGGACAACGAGCCGGGCGUCGCCAUGGAGCCCGUCGUCGCCAUGGCGUCCGUCGUCGCCAUGGCGUCCGUCGCCGCGCACGACGAGCCGGGCGUCGUCAUGGAGGCCAGAAGGGCGACGGAGGAGCCAAUGGAGGAGGAGCCAGUGCUGUAGGGGGGGUUUGGCCGCUGAUUUUCGGUGAACCUUUUGCUUCCGUGCCAUUUGGCGAGCCAUCCGACCGCCCCCCCCCCUGCCCCCCUCUGCCUCCCCACUGAAGCCCCGCCUUUCUCUGCCUGACGGACACGAGGCAGACCCGCCCACCGCCCACCCGAGGGGAGGGAGGAGACGGGCGGAGCAGACUGACCAGGCGGGCGGAGCCCGCGGAGGGGGCGGGGCGAGAGGAAGGAGGCGGGACCUUCGUUGCCGUUCGGGUUUUUGGGAAGGGCGACCGAGGCUGAUGACCCGGUUGCCACGGCGACAGCCACAGUGACAGUGGCUGUUCCUUUUUACAGUGGAACGGUCUUCUCCUUGGACACUGUCGCGCGUUUGGCUUUUUUUUGUGUGCGUUUGAAGUCAAACGACAGCGAACGAGAACGCGUCAGCGCCCCACUGCAUCCCUCGAAAGAGAGACUAAGAAACUAAAAGCUGUUUUCAGGGAGCUGAAAACGAUGACCUCGUCACCCGUCGUGAAGUGCGUCUCUAAUUUUCCCGUUCUGUUCAUUUCUGUGUUCGCCGGUGUAACCGUUCGUCCGUUCAGAAGCACACAAGCAUAUAUGUAAAGAGUAUGUGUACGUGUAUUGGCUUAUAUGUGUGCUUUUUUGUGUGUGUUCGACACAUACAAGGGGCCCUGGACCGGCCAUGGGAGGAUCCGCAUUUACUCUUCGGUCCAGUAAAUGCUUACAGGCAAAAAGGGUUCUGUAUCCCAGUACACAAACAAUCACAUUUUCGAAAUAUAAGAGAAACAGUAACGCAAUAAAAGCACUCAUUCGUAUUUGUAUUUAAGUAGUGAUGCGACAAACAGGAGUUUAAUGUGUACAGCUGUGUAAUAAAGGGUGUGAUGCAGAGGGAGUGCACCCCAGAUGGGCUGGAGGCCCUGCACGGCGAGUGGGGCCUGGGGCUGCCGUGUGUAUAUAUGGAUUUAUAUACUGUAUAUUUGAGCGUGACUCAGCUCCUGCGGUUGAGUGUGGAGGCGGACGGAGGCUGUUGCUCGGGUUAUGCUGGUCUUCAGGGGGGGGGGGGGGUCCUGUUUCAUUGGUUCGGAGCCCCCGCUGCUGAAGGUAGCUUUUUUUUUUUUGGAAGACCCAGCUUCCCUCUGUCCUAGUGGUCCGAUCGGGUCGGUGUUUUUUCGGGGCGUGGUUUUGCGCCCCCCCCCCCCUCCCCCCUCAUUCGCACUCUCUUGCCCAAACCAUCGCCACCAUUGUACAGGCAGCCACCCGUGAGGCUUAGGAAGCUGUGGACUUUAGGAGUUGAGGGAUUGGGUUGAUUUUUUUCCCUCUACGGUUUUUUGCCCCGGUAGAAAACCGGCGGUUUUUGGAGGGAGACUGGAGUAGGCGUGAUGCGGGCGUGAAGAACUUGGUGCCUUUUCUGCAAAAAAAAAAGAAGAAAAAAAAAAGGAGAAAAACGUUUUGAAAACGAUAAGCGAAUUCACCCACGUGUGUCGCUUCCAUUUUCAUGGAAACAUGCCUUAAUUUCCUCAAAAAUAAUGCGCCAUUUUGGCUCCUGCAAGAGAAUUGUGUUUCUUUUCCUCUCCUCUCCUUUGCCCUCCAUCUCUCUUUUCCUCUCUUCUCUCCUUCUCUGUUCCUGUCACCAGUGGACGACGUUAAGCACCAGGUCAUUUUCGGAGAAUUCACACCCCUGGUGGAGAGAGCGUGUAACUGCAAGGGACUUUUGCGAUAUGGUGACCAACUCAUUUCAGAAUUCAUGUGUAAAUAAUCUGUUCACGUUUCUCAUUCACAAAUGAUGCUGUCUGACAAUUUUUGGGUGGGAGGGGGCCACCAUUGUUGUUUUUUUUGUUUUUUUUGUGUUUUAGAGGGGGGCAACAUACUUUUGUUAUAGACAGUAUUAACCCUACGGUGUAGACUUUUCAUGUUAACGUAUUAUUUAAAUGUAAGAAAGCAUAUACACAAAUGUAUUUUAACUUUUAAUUGACGGUUGUCUAUUUGUAUGAGAAGGCAGGAUGUGCUUUUUCAAGGGCAAACAGGAUUUUUAUGUCUUUCUCAACAAAAUGAACUUGGUAGUCAUGUUGAUGAUGUACAUUUUUAUACAGAAAUACUGUUCACUACACUAACUGAAGAUGUACCCUACACAACCCUCUAACAAAGUGGUAGACCAGAUCACGGUUAUUUAAUCAUUUCCAUUCAUCUGUUUAUCCAAUCCAUGGGGCAUAAUGACCUUCUGUUUCACGCUUGUGUUUGUCACGGCUUCUCAUUUCAGCAUUAUCUGUGUGCAAUUUAGAACAUACAGUCUGACCACAACAGCAAAAAAUGUGGCUACGCUGUUUCCUGUGUCCCCUUCACAACGUGAAUUGUAUACCUCUUGUUCCCCAAACAUUUCUGUAUUUUACAGUGUGUGACGUAAUGUUCAGCUUUGUACAGAAGAACAGUGAGCUUUUCAACAUCUUUACGAAUCUCUUUUUGCUUUUUGCAAACAUACUUACAACUGAAACUGUUUCAAAGGACUGCGUAGGAGUAUUGGACAGGUGUACCAUAGAAUUUACAUUUUAAAUUAUGUGUACCAACUCUCUGAAAAUUCACAUUUAAAUUGUCCAGAUUUCAAAGAACCUAAAUACGAAAUUGGUGCCAAAGCCAUGUAUAUAGCCACCCUUUCUUUCCGUGCAUUGAUCUAAAAUUUGAGUUACUCAAAUGUUGAUUUUGAAUACAGAACAUAGGGUUGCUGCUGGUUCCCACGAAAAUAUCCAACGUUUCCUUGGCAGGAGGAUGUGUCUGAUGUGAUUUUACUAACCGAGACCAUUUUAGAAAGCCCAAAUGAAGCUUUCCUCUCGGGACAGAUUUCAGCAGUUUGUACAAGUCUUUCUGUUCCCCCUAUAUUUCUGUGUGUCUGGAUUUGUUUUGGUAAUAAUUGAGCACUUUGAUUUGACUUAUAAUAGUGACCACUGAUAUGAUAUCCACGACUAGAUUUUACCAGGGAGGAAAAAAACCUUUUAAAACUAAGAAACGGCUGUUGGAUUAAUGAUUUUUUUUUUCCUGGGCACACAUUUUGAAACUCAAAUUACCUGAAAAUGAUAACGCAACAAAAAUAGAUGGGCAUUGCAGUUUUUCACAGAUACCAAGAGUUUGUGUAUAAUAUCAACUGUUCACCAUUGAAAAUAGCUUUACUUUUGUGCCCAUCCUAUUUUACUAUUCAGUAAAUAUGUAUAUUUAUUGAUAUUUCAUAUAUUGUGUAUACCGGUAUUAGUGAUUGAUAAUGCUUAAAACUGGGGGGAAAAAAACAUUGUAUAUUUUUGACUUGGAAAGAGAGAUUUGUUUCAUACAUUGUCCUACCACCGCAUUGGUGUUGGAAUAUCCAUACUGUGCGGCUGGAUUUUGAAUAUGUGACCAUCUUACACCAUAUUUUGAAUACAUACAUUUUUGGUCAUAUUAAAAUGCAGAUGUUUGAAAUUAUCAAAGCACAUUCCUCUAAAGUCUUGUGUUCCUUCAAAUGCUUUCCUGUCGCAAUUACAAAUGUGUACGCUACUAUACACAUGUAUAUAAAUGCAUUUAUAUGUACACAUGUGCAAUACACACUAUUUUAGCAAUCUAUUACUGUGAAUAUUAUUGAUGAAGAUCACUGUCCUUUUUAUUUCUCCCUGUUCUGUUGUUUUUAUGGUUGCAUUGUGCACAGCGCCACUUGGUGGUGUAGUGACACAAUUGCAGCCAGGAUCUUAAAGGGAAUGUCUUGUUUAUUGUAUUUUAUUUCAGGGUGUGUGUACAUUUUAAAACCCUUUUUUAUUCUUCUCAUUGUAAUGUUGUGACUUAAUUCUUUUUUUAAGUGGCCCUGUAGUUUCAUUUGUCUGAAACUCAAUAAAGUGAAUCACUGCUACAAUACAGAGAUAAACAA